AUGGACCCAAAACGCAAGCUGUUCUUGAUCUCUGCCAAUGACAAGGAGUCUCUACGCACUAGGAUGAAAGACUUCGGUAUCUACUUCGAACAACAUCCCGAAGUUUUUGAAAAGACCUUAUUCGGCAACGUUGCUUACACUCUAGGCAAUAAGAUGUCCCAACUCUCAUACCGAGUUGGCGUGUCUGCUACCUCGCUAGAUGACCUUGGAAUCCGUCUUGCUCAACUGAAGAUCAACCCAUCCCGGGUUCUAGGUGCCCCAAUAGUUUCGUUUGUCUUCACUGGUCAAGGGGCUCAAUGGGCACAGAUGGGUGUUCCUCUUAUGCAUGAAUACCCUGUCUACGAGUUAGCCAUCAAACGAGCCGAUCGAUGCCUACGAGAUCUCGGCGCUGAGUUCUCCCUUAUUGAAGAGUUGGAAAAGGACGCCACCUCUGAGAUUGACUCCCCUCAUCUGAGUCAACCUGCCUGCACAGCUCUUCAGAUUGCAUUAGUCAAUCUCCUGGAAUCUUGGGGGAUCUGUCCUGAUUCAGUCGUUGGCCAUAGUUCUGGAGAAAUUAGUGCAGCCUACGCUGCGGGGAUUUAUGACUUGGAGGGAGCUAUGGCUUUGGCUUACUGGCGUGGACAAAUGACCUCCUUACUCAAAUCUUCGUUCCCGUCCCUCAAGGGCACCAUGAUUGCCGUUGGCGCCAGUCGCGAGGCUAUUCAGCCUAUGUUGAAGGCCCUAUCUAGUUACUCCACCGUCGCUUGCGUGAACAGUCCUUCUAGCGUGACCGUGUCGGGGGACGUGUUCGCAAUUGAUGAACUCGAAAAGAUUCUCCAAGACAAGCAAAUUUUCAACCGAAAAUUGAAGAUUGACGUUGCCUACCAUUCCGACCAUAUGAAGAAGGUUGCCGACGCUUACCUGGCUGCGAUUGAGAAUAUCCAGCACUUCCCAUCGGCAACAGCCUCGUUCUUUUCUUCUGUUUUUGGGCGCCUCGCGAAACCUUCCGAGCUUGGUCUAGAAUACUGGAUUGCGAACUUAACAUCACCGGUGUUGUUCUCUGACGCUCUUAGUAAGAUUGUGUCGGACAAUGAAAAACGACCGAGCCUUCUUGUUGAAAUUGGUCCACACUCUACAUUGAAGGGCCCUAUCAUGGAUACCAUAAAGAGCUUGGGUACCACCGUCUCAAAGAUUAGAUAUACACCGACUAUUGUUCGUAAAGUGGAUGUAGCUGAGUCGGUCUUAGAUGCCGCCGCUGCUGCCUACGUGAGAGGUGCUACACUCAAUAUGACAGGGGUGAAUUUCCCCAAGACCAGUGCGGCAAACCGUUGGUUCCUAAGUAACUUGCCUCGCUACCCUUGGCAGCAUGGAAGUCGGUACUGGCACGUUGCCCGUAUUCCACAGAAGCAUGCGUUCAGAGAUCGUGCCAGAAACGAUGUGUUGGGAGUAUUGGCAAAUUACUCAAAUGAUCUGGAGCCAACAUGGAGGAAUAUAAUCCGCUUAGAUGAGAUUCCCUACCUCCGGGACCACAAGAUGCAGGGGAUGGUCGUUUACCCCAUGGCAGGCUAUUUGGUGAUGGCCAUUGAGGCCGCUCGACGACGCGCGGAGCAAGCUGAUAUCCAGAUCUCUCAAUUUGAACUGAGGGAGGUCGUUGUGGGUUCGGCCCUUGUACUCAGUGAUGACACAGAUGCAGAGACCACCAUUACUCUCCGUCCCUAUGCUGAAGGUACUCGUGGAUCAUCCGAUCUUUGGGAUGAGUUCCGUGUCUGCUCAUGGACCUCAAAACGAGGAUGGACAGAGCACUGUACUGGUCAGGUGCGGGUUCGCUCCGAUCCAAAACAACAGGCGGCUACGAUCUCGAGCUCGUUCGAGACUCAAACCAGCUACAUGGAAGCUCAAAUUGCCCGAAUUCAGGAAUCGGCUACUAAUUACGUCGAUAUGUCCCAUAUGUACAAGUCCUCACCACUCGUUUGGCGAUCUGCACGUUAG